CUGUCGCUGCGAGGCUCUGCUGUCGUAAAUCAUAUGAUUUUGAGUGAGUGAUUUUCUGUGUUUUCCUGGCCGAUGAAAAUUUAUUGAAAUCCAAAGAAAAUCAUGCCAGAGAAGGAGGAUAUCUGUGAAUUGAUGGAUAAACUCACCAUUGAGAUUCUGGAUUUGAUGGAAGAUGAGGUCAAGGAGAAGAUUGACAUCGAGAAGAACUCCAGCUCAGGGCAGUUGCUGAUGGCCAAGGCGAGGUACAUCCAGGGCCACAGGACAGUGUCAGCAUCCCAGCUGCCAACAGAGAACACCCCAGAGUUCAAUGCCUUGGCCAGAGUUUCCUCAGAUGCAUCAGAGUCCAGUCCGGAAAGAGUGUCAAAGGUCAGUCUGGAGCAGCAUUCCGUGGACAAGGAGAGUGGCUUUAUCGACCCCAUCAAGUGGUUCGGCAUCCUCGUGCCGCAGAGCCUUCAGCUGGCACGAAACCGCUUCAAGAAGACUAUCGAACUGGCCGUGGAGUGCACGAAUACGCAAUUGAGACUCCAUCAGUCGCUGAGGCAACUAAAGGGAUUGCGCCAAAUGAAGGAAGCCGCUUCUUAAAUAUAUGUAUGUGUUUAUUUUAUGCUUUCAAAAUACAUAAAUAAGUAUUGUGGAAAUUCUCGUUCAUCUAUAAAAAUCGCAUCAAUAAAAAAGAACGUAAAACAUGGAAAAGUGUGUGACUCGAUUUUUUUGGGUAUAAAAGUGAUCUUUUUUGAUUUUGUGUGUGUGUGUG